UGAGCCGAAGAGGAAAGCUUAUUAGUCAAAACGUCAAGCAAGUGUUCUGUAUCUGUGCAAUGGUUUUGGAGCCCUCUGUCCUCCUCUUGGCCUCAAACUGGACGGACACUUGGACCCAUUGGAUGUCUUUUCGCACAGAGAGCAGAUGUUUCACAGAUAAAGCGAGAUGAUUCACCCCCGUCUACCUCAGCGUUUGCUUAAAAGCCUUUAGACCAGUCGAAGCCACGUUUGAUCGAUCCUGUGUUUAGCGAGGACCUGAAAAACUGGCACACCCCCGGUUUUAAAAGAACGCUACUAGCUUUAAGUGUUAGUGCCCUUUUUUAUACGUGUAAACCGAAUCCUUAGAAGAAGGUGAAUGUCAGGAACGAACGAUCUUUCCAGCUGGCAAUUUAGCUUGGUGUGGGAAUGUAAUUAUCUUUAAAUUCAUCUCGGUUCUUUGGGGUUCAAAGGUUGUGUAUUUACGUCUCCCAAUUUCAAGUUAUUGGAAACUGCGGGCCGUCCGUCUGUGUUAGAUUCAAUGUCAGCAAUGUCUGGAAGUCCUCCUCUGGUUAUGCGGCUGGUGUCCUCUGCCUACUCUGUGGCUGAAAAGGCCGGGGCCAUUGUGAGGAAGGUCCUUCACAGUGGAGAACUUGGCAUUGUGGAAAAGACGGGAGCUAAUGAUCUGCAGACGCUGGCAGACAGACUAGCCCAGCAGAGCAUUUGUGCUUCGCUGUCCAGACGCUUCCCAAAAAUCACCAUCAUUGGAGAGGAGGAGCUUCCAUCUGAGGAGGUAAGGGAAGACCUCAUUGAGAACGGCCAGGCAGAGGAAAUCCUCCAGAAGAGCUGUCCAGCAGAAUUUAGUGAGCUGAAAGAGGAGGAGUUUGUUGUGUGGGUUGAUCCACUUGAUGGCACAAAGGAAUAUACUGAAGCGUCAAGGUGUCUCCACCACCAAACUGAGGUCCAGAUACCGCACAAAGGGUCGGACACCUCUCAGCCUCACAGCACAGCACUCUGUACGGGGCUGCUGGAUAAUGUGACAGUGCUUAUUGGUAUUGCCUAUGGAGGCAGAGCCAUUGCAGGUGUCAUCAACCAGCCUUUCUACAACUACCAGGUUGGAGCGGGAGCACAUUUAGGAAGAACCUUGUGGGGAAUGCCGGGACUGGGCGCCUUCGGAUUUCAGCUGCGGGAAGUUCCAGGUGAUAGGCGAAUCGUCACCACCACCCGUUCCCAUAGCAACAAGCUGGUAACGGACUGCGUAGACGCCAUGGAGCCGCAUGAGGUUAUAAGAGUGGGAGGCGCUGGAAAUAAGAUCAUCCAGCUUGUUGAGGGAAAAGCGUCAGCUUAUGUCUUCGCUAGUCCAGGGUGCAAGAAGUGGGACACCUGUGCUCCUGAAGCCAUCCUGCAUGCAGUCGGAGGUAAACUGACUGACAUGCAUGGCAAUGCAUACCGCUAUGAUGCUAAUGUAAAGCACAUGAAUUCUGCUGGGGUUCUCGCCACACUACGCAACCACGAGUACUACGUCAGCAGAGUACCACACUCAGUGCUGCAAGCCCUCAAGUCAGAUUGAGGUCUGUCUAACUCAGAAAACACACUAAUGAUCCACUGUGGGGCAGUAAAAUCAGCAGGUAAAAAAAAAAAAAUUUAAAAUCCAUCCAUAGACAGGGUCCUAUCUGUCUGAAAAAUGUUUUAAAUGUUUUUUUUAGUUUUUUUUACAUAAAAUCUAUUCUUUUUACUCAUUUAAAUCAACUUUAUUUGACUUGUAUGUCUGAUUCUAACCACAGCAAAGACUGAAAACGGUGACCUCAGACUUACACUGUUCAUGUGUAAUUCCUCAACACACCACACUUAAUUAACCGAAAAUAAGCAGAAAGCAGGCCCAACAGCACUUCCAUUUAUUUCACUUGUUUGAAACAAACUUGUACAAAUCUCAAAACGUCUUAACAUACUGUUUCCAACUUGAAGACCAAUAGAUGUACAAGGCAAAAGGCAAGAUUUAAAUGAAUAAAAAUACAUAGGUUAAAUGUUCAUUAGUGAGUUGGAAAUCAUUUACUGUACUUCAUUCAAUAACCACUAAGUGGGAACAUUGUAAUAUAUCUAGCAUAAUGCCAACAACAAACAAUAUCGUCUUGACUUGAUGAUUUUGACCUCUUUACAAUGUCAUGCAACGAUGUUCAAUAUGAGAGGUCGACGUCUACCGCUGUGAAGAAGUAAAAGCUUUUCAACCUGUACAAAUUAAAAUACUGAUAACUGUU